AGAUACCGGCAAUAAGGAAUCCGGCAAUAAGGAUUCCUGACUGUAUUUUAUUUUGUUUCAUUCCAGAAAUUGUCCGCCUUGCCAAGGGCGAAAACGAAACACAACUAUCGAAGAUGACCCAAUGCGAGCAGGACACCUACGAGAUGCAGGUUCGCGCCUCGAAUAUCGUGCGCGCGGGGGAAUCCUUGAUGAAGCUUGUGUCCGACAUCAAACAGUAUUUGAUCUUGAAUGACUUCCACUCGGUGAACGAUGCCAUCUGCAGUAGCUCACAGCUGUACCGGAGCACUCAGAUGGAUCGGGAUAACAAAUUGAUGGCAGUGCGAGACGAUAUGGCGGCUGAUUUGUAUGACUUGGAGGAAGAAUACUACACUAGUAUGUACAAAUAGA